CCCUUCUUCUCCACUUCAACCCGCUGAAACUUUCUCUUCCUUCUCAAAAACCAGAAUUUCCUUCCGUCUCUCUGUGGAACUCCUUUGCUUCUGCCCGAUUCCUCUGUGAUUCUUCACUUUCUUUUUCCGAGUCAAGUGCCUCAUCGGACAAUGUCGGCUUACAAGGACAAGGAUCCUCGUAUCCAUGGCAUAAAGGCCAGGAUUCGGGUCGUUCCCGAUUUCCCAAAACCAGGCAUAAUGUUUCAGGACAUAACAACACUGUUACUGGAUCCCAGUGCCUUCAAGGACACCAUUGAUCUGUUCGUCGAGAGAUACAAAGGCAGAAACAUUUCGGUUGUUGCAGGGGUUGAAGCCCGAGGCUUCAUAUUUGGUCCUCCCAUUGCAUUGGCCAUAGGAGCAAAGUUUGUCCCUCUGAGAAAACCCGGGAAGCUGCCUGGUCAAGUUAUUUCGGAAAAGUAUGUUCUUGAAUAUGGAAGCGACUGUCUACAGAUGCAUGUAGGUGCAGUGGAGCCUGAUGAUCGGGCUUUGGUGGUUGACGAUUUAGUUGCUACUGGUGGCACUCUAUGUGCAGCUAUCAAUCUCCUGGAACGUGUUGGGGCCCAAGUAGUUGAAUGUACUUGCGUUAUUGAAUUACCAGACUUGAAGGGCCGUGAGAGGUUGAACGGGAAGCCCUUAUACGUAUUGGUGGAAUCCCAUUGAUUUGUUCAUCAACUGAAGCAUGUCCAGGGAUGUACAUUAGGAGGGACAUAUAUCGUUGGUUUGCUCUGAGCCUGGGAUGCACUUCUGCUCUUAUUUUCCUUAUCUUUUUGGGUCAUGGAAGCCUGUAGACUUUGUUACAAACUAUGGCGGGUCGGACUCGAGCUACAUGUAGCCACUAGAAACAAUUUAUGGAUGAGGGACUUCACGAGAGGGAUGCUUGGAGGCUUAUAAUUAUGUCUUAACAUAUCACAGAAGAAAUUAUGAAGAUGAUCUCACCCUGAUCGAGUCUUUCUCAGUCUCUCUUUUCAUUAUCUACUACCUGUAUGUGUUCUACACUGAGCGACCAGGUUUCGUCGGAUUACAUCGAACCUGUUUUGUCUCGAGUCAGUUUGGUUUUAUAUAGAUUGUGGGUGGUCAGUCCAUUGAUUGAAGCUUGUCGUUCAAUUCAACAUGAGAGGGACAAAACACCAUCUUAAUUAA